CUGAGAUACACGGACAAUAUGAAGACCCGUUUUGCUUUAUUGAUGUUUGUCGGUUUCGUUGCCGCCACUACUGUAAAUCAACCACAAUUUCAACAUAACAAGGAAUAUACAUACAAUUUCUAUGGUAGAACAUUAACUGCUUUACCAGACUUAAGAAAUCAGUAUGUUGGCGUGGUGAAUAAAGGAAAACUUGUAUUGCAAGCCCAAAGUGAUAAUCAAAUUAAUGGAAAAUUAUUGAAUACUCAAAUCGCUCAUUUCCAUGAUGAUUUGGAGGACUUCAAUUCUCAAAUUCCAGAAGAUGUCUUGCAAUUUGAAGAGACUGAUAUGAAAGAUUUCACUUUCACAUUGAAAUUGAAUGGUGGUGUUGUUGAAUCACUUAUUGUUGAUAAAUCAAUGACAAAUGAUCAAGUUAAUCAAUUGAAAGCCAUCUUAGCUCAACUUCAAGUUGAUACACAGGGCACCAAUUUAAUAAAAUCACGUCACAAUCAAUUACCUCAAGAUAAACAUAAUCCAACUGCUCUUUACAAAACGAUGGAACCAACAGUUACUGGAGAAUGUGAAACAAUUUACGAUAUUUCACCACUACAAGAAGCUAUUGUUGAGCAAACUGAAGCACAAUGGGCUCCAAAAGUUCAUUUGAAUGCAGAAGGAGAAUUUUUCCAAAUUGUUAAAACCUUAAAUUAUAGCCGUUGCGAACAACGUAAAGGAUAUCAUUUUGGAAUUACAGGAGCUUCAGAUUUAAAACCAGGAACUAAUCAAAUGGGAGACUUCCUAUCCAAAGCAUCAACAACAAGAAUCAUCGCUAGUGGUAAUGUCAAUCAAUAUACUAUUCAACAAUCAACCACUACCAACCGUGUAGCUGUUCGUCCAUCAAUGUACCAAAACCAACAAGCUCAAGUUAUUGGCCAAAUUCAAUUAACUUUGAACAAAGUUAAAGAAAUUACAAAUCAAUUAGAAACACCACAUAAUGGAGUAAAUGCUGGAAAUCUUGUCUACAGAUACAAUAUUCCAUCCGACAAAGACAAUCAAAUACGUGAAGGACAACAUAACUAUAAACCAAGACAACAUGGUGAUUCCAGCAGUUCCAGCUCAAGCUCAAGUGAUUCUAGCUCUAGCUCUAGCUCAAGCUCAAGCUCAAGCUCCAGCUCCAGUGAAUCUAACGAAAAUCAACAAAACAAACAUCACCAAAAAAACACCAUACAUCGUUCGAGCUCUGAAAAUAAUGGUCAUCGUUCUCCAAGAAGUAUUAAUGAGGGCAAUUGGCAAAACAAACAAAAUAGAGACAAACACGGUCAAUCAUCAUCUUCAUCUUCCUCAAGUUCAUCAUCUUCCAGUUCUUCAUCUUCAGAAGAAAAUAAUGAAAAUGGCCAGUCAAGACACCGUCAGCCUCAACCAAGUUUAACUGAAGCACCGGAAUUUCCAUUCCACCCAUACGCUAUUGGAAACCGCGGCAAAAGCAUUCAAUACUCAAGUCAAAUCAACGUUGAAACUACAGUAAAGAAAUUGUCGUCUGAAAUCGCUCAAGAUCUCCAAAAUCAAAAUGAAAUCCCUAAACAAAAUACUUUGGAGAAAUUCAAUAUCUUAACUGAUUUAAUUAGAAUUAUGAAUCAACAACAAAUCCAAAAUGUAGCUCAACAAUUGAAUAUUGGAAACAAUCAACAAGGAUCUACCCAAGAAGUAUUUGCUAGAAGAACCUUCAAGGACGCAGUUGCUCAAGCUGGAACCGGCCCAUCAGUUUCAAUCAUUACCACAUGGAUUUCAGAAGGAAAACUCAAGGGUGAACAAGCUGCAGCUUUAGUGAACACUCUUGCAAAAUCAAUUCGUACACCAACACACGAAAUUGUUCUACGUUUCUUCAAUAAACUUGUCAAAGAUCAGCAAGUUCAAAAUCAAAGAAAUGUACACUCAACUGCCGUCAUUGCUCUUACUGAUCUCAUUAGACGUGCAUUUACCGACGAUGACUCUGCAAGAAAUUAUUACCCAGUUCAAGCUUUUUCUUCAUUCAGAACUCAACUUGAAAAAACAGUGAAAACUGAAAUCGUUCCUUAUUUUGCUCAAAAUUUACAACAAGCUGUUCAAUCUAAUAACAACAAAAAUAUUUUAUUGAACAUGAGAGCUCUUGGAAAUAUUGCUCAUCCACAUGUUGUUUCUGUUUUCGAAAAAUACUUUGACAAUGACAACACCUUAAGUGCUUUCCAACGUACUGCUAUGAUUCUUGCUUUAGAUAAAAUUGCUGAAAUUCAUCCAAGACAAAUCAGAGAUAUCCUUUUCAAAGUUUACUCAAAUGUCAAUGAAGAACCAGAAACUCGUUCAGCUGCCGUAGCAUUACUCAUGCGUACAGGCCCACCAGCUGCAAUGCUUCAACGCAUGGCAGAAUUCACUAACGAAGAUCCAAGCGAAGCAGUACAAGCCACCGUUCAAUCAGCUAUAUUAUCCGCAGCAAAUCUUGAAAAUAAUGACAACUCAGAUCUUGCAGCAAAUGCUGCAUCUGCCGCCAAAUUCCUCAACCCACGUCAAUAUGGAAUUCAAUAUUCUAAAACUCAAUUAAGAGAUUACGUAGCCAAAAACGUAGAAAUGAUAUACAAAUAUCAACUUACCCAUAUUGUUGGUGAAGAACAUAUUUUACCAAGAGGUAUUUGGUAUGAUGCUUACAAAAAUUACGGUGGUUUCAAUACAAAAUCAGCUGAAGUUCAAGUAAUGUUGUCUAGUGUAGAACAAGUUUUAGAUUUAUGGCCAAACCCACAAAAUGGUAACCAAUCAAAUAGAAAACAAAGCAGCAACACAAAUUCAAAAUGGUCAACUGAACGUAUAGCUAAACAAUUAAACAUCCAUGAAGAAGACGCUCGUGAAUUUGAAGGUCAAAUUUUAAUGAACUUAAUGGGAAACAAACGUUUUGUCACCUUUGACAAAAAAUCUCUUAAAGAAUUACCACAAACCUUAUCUGAAAUAUUUGCUGGUCUUCGUAAUGGACAACAAUUGAGAAUGAACAGAUUAUACAAUCGUCGUGAAGUUGCUAUAGCUUUCCCAUUAGCAACUGGUUAUCCAUUCGUAUACACUUUCAGAAUUCCAACAUUAUUACAAGCUUUAGGAGAAGUUCAAGUAUCAACCACACCUAAUUUAGAACACAAUCCAUCAUGGCAAUCUAUCAAAGAUAUGCAAGCAGUAAAUGUCACUGCUAAAGUGCACCUCGUACACAGCACAGAACAAAGAGCUACAGUUGGUUUUAUUACACCAUCUGAACGCCAACAAUAUGUUGCAGGAUAUGUAAGAAAAACACAAACCCACGUUCCUCUUCAAUUAAAAUUAGAUGCUGAUUUUGAAAACACACGUAUCAAUGGUAAAUUACAACCUAUUGACGAUAACAAAGACGCCAAAAUAUUCCACUCAAGCGCUUGGCCAUACACUGCUCGUCGUAACAUUUUAAAUCUUCGUCCAUAUGCUGAAGAUACCCAAAAUACUAAACUUAUUACAUCUCGUACUAGUAAAUUGACUGAAAGAACUUUGGGAGAACACUCAACUGGUAUGGUAAUGCGUGCUAAAUUUGAACACCAACUCCCAGCUAAUGUUUUAGAACAAAUGAGCCGCAUGUUACGUAAACAAGGUCAGAAUGCUUUAACAAGAAUGCCAUACAGCUACCAAGCAGUCAUGCAAGGAUUAAUGAGAGAACAAUCAUGGAGCCCACUUGAAUUUAUUCCACAUGCAUUGGAACCAGCUGCUUAUGGAAGCAAUUUACCACAAACUGUUUUAUCAGCUUUGUGGAUGCCAUAUUAUCAAGAUCUCACACCAGAAGAAAUUGUUAAUUUCCAAGGAAUGUUAUGGCUUGCCACUACUCCAAUGUCAAAUGCUGCUGUACUUGAAAAGACCGCUCAAAACUCUGGAAUCCUUUACAAACAAAAUCAAUGGCCUGCCGCUACAUUAGAUCAAUUUAAUAUGAAUGUUAAAUACGAUGCCCAACGUUCUGCAAAUAAAGCUAUCAAAUUUUCAUUUGCUUUAGAUAAAGCUUACAAUGUAGACCAGGAAAAUCACCAACAUACCCAACACAUGAAACAUGCUGCUUCUGUUGAUGAAAAAUUACUUGCUUUCACUCAAAACACUUCACCAAAUAGUGAAGAACGUCGUCAAGAAAUGUUACAAAAUGCUGCUUAUGGUAUUAAAUAUGCUUCAGCUGGAGUAAUUGAUGCUUCAAUUGCUUUUACUGGAGAAAAGCGAUCAGAAUACGUUAUGACUAUCGCACAAGCUGACAGUUCUGUUGAUGAAAAAGAACGUCUCUUGAUAUUCUUGAGCUCUAAACCAGUUUCACAAUCCCAUUCACAACAAAUAGGAAUUACUUACACUGGAAGAUAUCCAAACACCCCAGCACUCAACUUUGAGGAAGCUUUGAGACAUAAUGGUCAAUCUAGCGCUAAAAUUAAUAUUGUUUUCGGUCAAAAUGGACAACAAGCCGGUCAAGUUAAUAUUAAAGCCCAAAUGGAACAAACCAAAGAACAUAAAAAUAAAGUUAAGAACAGCCAAGUUGGACAAGAAUGUUUAUCAGAAAUGAAACAAGGAUAUUACCAAAUGCCAAAUUGCAUGAACGCUACUUACCACGCCAAUCUUUUGAAUAAAAUCCAAAUUUCAGCUGAAUUUGAAAAUGCUACUCCAGUGUUAAGAAAUAUCACAAAUCGUGCAUUAAGUAUGUUGAGACAUGCUGGAAUUAAUACAAUGGAAGAAAAUAUCAACGAAAUGGGAAAACAUAAUAAAUUUGAAGCUACAAUUACCAUUUCUCCUCAUAUCAAAUCAGUCAACAUUACACUUCAAACACCAGAAAAACGUUUACAAUUCAAUAAUCUUCCAGUUGAAAAUAAACUUCGCCCACUCUUAGCUAUUCAUCCAGGAAUGGACUUCUACCGUAUGUAUCAAAGAAACGCUCUUAGAAACGGUCACGUUUGUACAGUUGAACAAGAUCAAAUUCAAACAUUUGAUAACGCAAUAAUUGAAAAUCAAGAAAUUGGAAACUGUUGGUACACCAUGUUCCAAUAUGAUCCAGCAAGAUAUUCGUUACGUAAACAACAAAACAGAAAUCAAGAACCAUUAGAUAUUUCAGUUCUUGUCCGUCAAACAAGUGAAAAGAAUGAUGAAAAAGAAAUCACAAUUGUUGUUGCCCAAUCUGAAGGUGAAGAUCAUGUUAUUCAUUUAUCACCAUCUGGUGGCUCAUCAUAUAAACUUAAAGUAAAUGGAAAUGAAGAAAAACUUUCUGAAUCAAAACCAGUUCAACAAUUUGAUAACGAUGCUGAUGUAAAUGACCAACCAGCUGUUGAAAUAACUUCUUUACCAUCAAAUGACAUUAAAAUUAAGAUCCGCGAACAAAUGAGAGUAUACUAUAACGGACAAACUAUUCGUGUACAUGCAGAUGAACCAAGCUACAGAAAUAAUACCUUAGGUUUAUGUGGUAAUCUUAAUGGAGAACAAGUUGAUGAUCGUAUGACACCAAAACGUUGUGUUUUAAGAAAUGAAAAACAUUUCGCAGCAUCUUGGGCCAUCACUGAUAAUCAAUGUAACUCAAAAAUAGUUGAACGUCAUAACCAAGCUCAACAAGCUCGUUGUACUGAAAUGCAAUUCUCUAGCGGAAAUGCUAUCAAAACAAAUUCAAAAACAGGAAAAUGGAAUUGGGAUGAUUUGUCUGCAUCAUCAAGCUCAUCAAGCUCAUCUAGUAGCAGUAGCAGCAGUAGCAGCAGCAGCAGCUCAUCUUCAUCUUCUGAAAGUGGUAAUAGCUCAUCAUCAGAAAAUUCCUCUUCAUCUUCAUCUCAACAAAACAACAGCAAAUCACAGGGACAUAACAAAAAGCAUGGAAAAAACAACAAAAACAAAAACAAUCAAAACUGUAAUUUAAGACAACAAAUGCAAGUUGUUGAAUCUAAAGAUCAAACAUGUUUCACAUUGAAAAAGAUUCCAACAUGUCCAAGCCACUGUGAAACCGGUAAUAAAGAAAGAAGACAAUAUUCAGUAUACUGCCGUGACCGUAAUGAUUCUGUUGCACGCAUGUAUGCUCAACAAAUUCGUAAAGGUGCCAACCCAGAUUUGGGUGCUAAAGAAGCUACCAAGCAAUUAACAUUCAAUGUACCAAUGGAAUGUGUGGCAAGAAAUUGAAGAAAUUCAAUUAAAUGGAUCACAAUUGGAGACCAAUAACAGCGAACUAUCAUAAACUUUUAUCAAAUGUUUUAUUUUUAUUUUCUUCUAUUUAGUUCUUUAAGCGCAUACCCAAAAAAAAUGUAAAAAAAAAAAUUAAAAUAAAAUAAAUUAUUCGAACA